GAUGAGCUCUAGUUCGACGGAGUACCUUCCUUCGCCGUUUGGCGUAUUGGGCUGCAACUUGUCAGAUGCGGAGCGCCGGGAGACGGCAUACGAGAUUUUCGUCGCCGCUUGCCGAACCACCAGCGGGAAGCCGCUCACUUUCAUUCCUCAAGCGGAGAAGACGGCGACGCCGCCGUCAGCUGAACGGUCGCCGUCACCGUCACCGUCGAUGCAGAGAUCGCUGACGUCGACGGCUGCUAGCAAGAUGAAGAAAGCGCUGGGACUGAAGCCAUCGAAGAAAAGCCCGGGGAGGGAUAGCAGCCCCUCUAGGGCGGUGAAGAGGCCGGCGACAGUGGGAGAGUUGAUUAGGGUGCAGAUGGGAGCGUCGGAGCAGGCGGAUUCACGGAUCCGGCGGGGACUUUUGAGGAUCGCCGCCAGUCAGCUUGGUAGACGCAUAGAAUCCAUUGUUCUGCCAUUGGAGCUGCUACAACAGUUUAAAGCUUCAGAUUUUGCUGACCUGCAAGAGUAUGAAGCUUGGAGGAGUAGAAACUUGAAGGUCCUCGAGGCAGGAUUACUCCUGCACCCAUUUGUGCCAUUAGAGAAAUCUGAUGGUUCUUCUCAAAGGCUUAGGCAUAUCAUACGUGGAGCUUCGGAGAAUCCAAUUGAGACUGGAAAGAAUUCAGAAUCAAUGCAGGCUCUUCGCAGCACUGUGAUGUCCCUUGCCUACAGAACAACACCUGGAUCUUCUUGUGAUGCGUGCCACUGGGCUGAUGGCUCUCCUUUGAAUCUAAACCUGUAUCAAAUGCUAUUGGAAACUUUGUUUGAUUAUGUGGAGGGAUCCAUAGUGGAGGAAAUUGAUGAGGUUUUGGAGUUGUUCAAAAAGACUUGGGCUGUGCUUGGAAUAAAUCAGAUGAUUCACAAUCUCUGCUUUUUGUGGUUUUUGUUUCAUUGCUUUGUCACAACUGGACAGACAGACAGCGACCUUCUACUUGCAGCUGAUAAUCUGUUAAUGGAGGUUGCAAAAGAUUCUAAAACAACAAAGGAUCCUAUUUACGCAAAGAUACUAAGCUCAACUUUGAGUUCAAUAAUGGGGUGGACAGAAAAAAGGCUUUUAGCAUACCAUGAGACCUUCAGUUCCAGUAACAUUGAAUUGAUGCAAUGUGUUGUCUCUUUAGGUGUAUCUGCUGCUAAGAUACUGGUAGAUGAUAUCUCUCAUGAGUAUCGCCGCAGGAGGAGAGAAGAAGUUGAUGUAGCGCGAACUAGAAUUGAUGCUUAUAUUCGUUCAUCACUUAAAACUGCGUUUGCUCAGACGAUGGAAAAGGUAGAUUCAAUCAGGCGUUCAUCUAAAACUCAGAAUGCUAAUCUUCCAGUUCUUGCCAUUCUUGCGAAAGACAUAGGCGAUCUAGCUAAAAAAGAGAAAGACAUUUUUAGUCCAAUAUUAAAGAGAUGGCAUCCCCUAGCUGCUGGUGUUGCAGUUGCCACUCUUCAUUCUUGUUAUGGAAAUGAAUUGAAGCAAUUUAUAUGUGGUGUCAAAGAUCUGACUUUUGACUCUAUCCAAGUACUGAAAGCAGCACAAAACUUAGAGAAAGACCUUGUACUGAUUGCUGUUGAAGAUUCUGUUGAUAGUGAAGAUGGUGGUAAAGGACUUAUACGUGAAAUGCUCCCAUAUGAAGCUGAGUCUGUUAUUUCUAGUCUAACAAAAUCUUGGGUAAGAGCAAGGGUGGAGAAGUUAAGGGAAUUGGUUGACAGAAACUUGCAGCAGGAGAUGUGGAAUCCAAGGGCAAACAAAGAAAAUUUCGCUCCUUCUGCCGUUGAAGUUCUUCGCUUGGUUGAUGAGAGCUUGGAUGCAUUUUUUCAAUUGCCCAUUCCAUUCCAUGCAGCCUUACUUCCUGAUUUGAUUGUUGGACUGGAUAUAUGUUUACAAUACUAUGUUGCAAAGGCCAAGGCUGGAUGUGGAACUCGAAAUUCUUUUCUUCCUGAACUUCCUGCAUUAACCAGAGUCGAAAUUGCAUCAAAAUUAUGGAAGAAAAAGGAUAAAUCUCAAAACCCACAACGAAGAAAUAUCCAGAAUGGAUCAUUGAAUGGAGAAAACUCAUGCAGUUUACCACAGUUCUGUGUACGCCUAAACACUCUCCAUCACAUUCAAACUGAAUUACUAAACCUGGAGAAAAAAAUCACAAAUUGCAUAAAAGACCUCGAAUCUUCUCCACAAAACAUCACAAAUCCACCCGAAAACAAAUUCGAGCUCACCCUCUCCUCUUCCCUUGAAGGAAUCCAACAAUUAUGCGAGACGACAGCAUACAAAGUCGUCUUCUUCGAUCUCAGCCAUGUUCUAUGGAAUUUCUUGUAUGUUAAAAAUCCUUCUUCCUCAAGAAUUGAUUCCUUCCUCAAAGAACUAGAUCCCAAGCUGGAGACUAUCUCCACCACCAUGCACAACCGAGUCCGAAACCGAGUCAUAACCGCCCUGAUGAAAGCUUCAUUCGAUGGAUUCCUUCUCGUCCUCCUCGCCGGCGGCCCAUCACGCGCCUAUACUCGUCACGAUUCUCAGAUACUAGAGGAGGAUUUCAAAGCUCUUAAAGAUCUGUAUUUGGCUGAUGGUGAUGGGUUACCAUUAGAAGUGGUUGAGAAGGCUGCAACCCAAGUUCAAAAUAUUUUGCCUCUAUUUCGAGCCGAAACUGAAAGCCUUAUUGUCCGGUUCAAACAAGUCAUCAUCGAGACCUAUGGUUCUUCUGCCAAAUCAAGGUACCCUAUGCCACCAACAUCGGGCCAUUGGAGCCCGGCGGAAGCCAAUACUAUUCUUCGGGUUCUAUGCUACAGAAAUGAUGAUGCCGCUUCAAAGUUUCUGAAGAAAACAUACAAUCUGCCAAAGAAAUUGUAGUCCAUGAAUCAGGUCCAGUUUGCAUGUAAUUUCAUGCAGACUGAAGCUCCAAAUAUAUAUAUAUAUACAUAAUUCAAUGGGAUUCUUUAGGCAAAAAAGGAGAUGAAAUGCAAGGUAUGGUUGUUUACUUUCCUUGCUGUAGUUUUCAUGUUUUAUAAAUAGUUUUACUUAUUUGGUUGGUGGGUUGGAAGUCUGUGAAUAGUUUCAGAUAUUAUUGAGGCUAAUUUGUAUUUUUUAUUUUAAU